UUACGUUAUAUUAUUGAUGUAAAUGCAGAUAUUCUUAAAAGAGCACAUGCAAGUUCCAGUAUCUGAAGCUACCUUAAUGGCUGUUGGUGGCCGCUACGACUAUUUGGUUCAUCAGAAGUGGAAUUAUGAAAAUAGGUCCAAUCCUCCUGGUGCAGUUGGAACCAGCCUUGCAAUGGAGAAGGUGUUUCAUCAUUGUUCGGUAGAUAUCAAGCCCUCCAGAAUUGAGCUCAACAUCAAUGUGCUUGUCUGCUCCAAAGGUGGGGGAGGUCUACUGCUUGAACGUAUGGAAUUGGUUGCUGAACUGUGGCAAGCAAGCAUGAAGGCUGAGUUUGUCCUACUAGAGGACCCAAGUCUCACUGAGCAGUAUGAAUAUGCAGCAGAGCAUGAUAUUAAAUUCCUCGUUAUCAUAACUGAAGCUGGCCUUACUCAAACUGGUCUCAUAAAGUUCAGUCAUUCAGAAAUUACCAUAAAUUUGCUUCCAAGUACGACUCCUCAUGCCCGAUUUCUGGAUGAAGAAACAAGCAGGGGCAGCAAACAUCUAAGAUCUAAAACGUAUUCUUGCAUUCAGAAUACUUUCCAUGCUUAUUAA